CAACGUACCAUUUCAGUGACAUUGUAGUCUCCCGGUUCAUACGGACACAACCACCAAAAUCACAAACACAGAAACAAUCACACAAAUACCCAGGCAAAGAGACACAACACAGGCAAACACGCAACAAGGAAAGCUCGGCCGAAGCGCAAAGCUGGUUUCGAUCCAACCAGAAACCAUCCCURCACACGAAACCAACAGCGCCGGAAACCGAACGCGGCAGCCCCAGUACCCGCGUGGGAGGGCUUUCGGAUCCCUUUGCGAACGCUAGCAGCUGCUUUCGUCGUUCUUUGCGGCACCAAAAUGGGCUGGUCGAAGAGGCGGAGGAGCCGCACCGAAGACCGCGCCGUUCUGCCGGGCGGUAUUGUUCUSCUUCCCUCCUGUGCCGUCUUUCUCUUCUUGCUGUCGUGCAAUCCGGAGGUGUUCUCGGCCCUUGGUUACACCGCAAACCACUUCGGGGGAAGGAACCGAAAUCCCGGUGCGCGCAAGUUUCGACCGGAAGCAACCCGGUUGCACGACUCGCAGUCAUCGCAGCCCUACGAUGCCUACGAUGCCUACGACGACGCGAACGGGUUCCCGUCCAUGAUGGACGAACUGAGCAAGGCAUCGGGGGAAGAUUGCUUUGGUCAGAGAAACGGGACCGCAGCGGCGACRUCCCAGAACGUCAUCAGCAACGGUCCGGGAUUCGUGCCGACCAAUGGUAUAUCGGAAAAGAUCAACGGGUACGAGUACAGGGAGAACUACUUGGAAAGCCUGGAACUCGAUCAGUCCAUGAAAGAACAAGGGGAGAGGGAAGAAGAAGAAAGCAAGCGUUUGUCCCGACAAACAGCGCCCGAGGUGAAYAACUGGACGUCGAUCAUGAAGUGGGGUCUCUUCUUUCAAAAGAAGAAAAAAAUCGAGACCGUGGACGAAGUCUACAAAGACCUGCGAGACAUGUCGCCGUACGAUUGCGAACAGGUUGAUAUUUACUGGGACCAGCUCAUGCCCGUGGUUUCGUAUCUGGGCACCGAGCGGUGUGCCAAGGUAUACGACGCGCUGCGAGUGGCCUACCGCGCCCACCGGGGCCAGGCCCGGAAGAGCGGAGAACCCUUCAUCAUCCAUCCCGUCGAGGUGGCCAUAUUGCUGGCGGGACUGAAGAUGGACGAGGCAACGGUCAUGGCCGGGCUCUUGCACGACACGGUGGAAGACACGGACCUGACGUUUGAGCUCGUAGAGGGAAUGUUUGGAAGGACCGUCAGGGGAAUCGUGGAGGGCGAGACCAAGGUUUCCAAGCUCCCCAAGCUCGCGAUCCCGGACUACGCCGACGAGCAAGCUGAAAACUUGCGGCAGAUGUUUGUUGCCAUGACGGGUAAGUUUCAUAAGGACAGAGUGUCUCUACAUUUUUUUUCGUUUUUGGWUGCUAAUUUAAGAGGCUGUUUGUUGAUUCUCGACGAAAAGACGACUAUCGCAUCAUUAUUGUGAAAUUGGCGGACCGGCUCCACAACAUGAGGACCUUGCAACACAUGAAACCCGAAAAGCAGGUCAAGAUWAGUCGUGAAACGCUGGACAUUUUUGCACCGCUGGCGCACCGAAUGGGAAUCUGGCAAUUCAAAAGCGAAUUGGAAGAUACUGCGUUCAUGUACCUGUACCCGCUGGAGUACAAACGACUGAGCCGGAAGCUGGAUCAGCGUCACGCAAAAUACGAGGACACGCUCGAGAACUCGCAAAAAAUCCUAAAGGAAAGGUUGAAUUCCGACCCGACUCUGAGCUCACAAGCGGCAGAUGUCAAAGUGUCGGGUCGCAUGAAGGAAAUUUACUCCCUGUGGCACAAAAUGGAGACGAAGGAGGAACGAAAUCUCGAUCACAUUGUCGAUGUUGUGGCAUUGCGAGUGAUUAUCACGCCGAAGGCGAAUCCCGAGGAAGACGAAGACGACUCGGACCGAGGAGUGUGGCUUUGCUACCACGUUUUGGGGCUCGUCCAGCACCUCGAUGGUUUCCAGCCGUUUCCCACGCGCGUCAAAGACUAUAUCAGCUUCCCCAAACCAAACGGUUACCAAAGUCUUCACACGGCACUCAUAUUGAACGGACAGAAAAUCGAGGUUCAGAUUCGAACCAACACGAUGCACCAAGUGGCGGAAUACGGUAUGGCAUCGCACUGGGCGUACAAGGACGGAAAAAGGAGACAGGACGGAAACGACGACAUCUACAACACGCCGUGGCUAUCCAGCAUCAAGGAAUGGCAGGACGAGAAGCUGAAUGCCAGGGACUUUGUAGAUAGUGUGCGCAACGAGCUUCUYGGAAAGCGCGUCUUUGUCUUUUUGAGAAACGGGCAGAUUCUCAAUCUCGCGCGGGGUUCUACUGCCAUUGACGCAGCGUUCCAGAUUCACACCGAAGUGGGACUAAACAUGCACGGUGUUGAAAUCAACGGGAAACCCGUGUCCAUCUCCUACGAAUUACAGAACGGAGACGUCGUUUCCAUCCUGACAGGCGAAGGAAGGCCCGCUACGGACUGGAUAGGAUUCGCGAAGAGCCGUUCCGCUAGAUCAAAACUACGAUCCUACUUUCGAGAAAAACAAAAAGAAAGGUAAGCAUUUGUUUUCGCGUUCGUUGGUUUCGGUGCUCUCUUUUUUGGUGCUAUCGACACUGACCAAGGCCUGUCGACGUUGUUGAACCUUAGUUUGUCCGAGGCCGGAAAAAUACUUCUGAUGGACUAUCUGUGGAUGCACGGGCCCCUGAUUGAAAAGUCGUCGUAUCUGGAGGAAGAAUUUUCGAUCCCAUCCACAAUCGAAGAAGUGGCGGYUUUGCUGCCCGGCAAUACCCACUACGACGAUAUCGACGACCUCUUGAUCAAACUCGGAAAGCAGCACGAUCGCGCGCUGCUUCAUUCGUUUGUCUCGAAAUUGUUCAAAGUGCCGCAAAAAGUGUUGAUCAACGCCGAAAAGAACCGAUCCUCGCUGAUUCCAAAGAGCGUUCUGGACGCGGUGCACGAACGCCAGAAGAAAGCCCAGGAUGCGGCUGCCGCGGUAGCUUCGGCCCAGAGCAGCGCAACCUUCCAGCCUGCUCCCAACACCGACACCGAAAACGAAACACCRGCCUCGAACUGGCCCAAGCCAAAGCUCCCAAACAAGUACGGGGCGGGCUUUGAUGGCACGUCGACCGCAAACGGCGAGGGAUCGAUCGAAUACGCAGACCCGGAGCAUCUCUGCACGGAAUGCCUCCCCGUACUCGGAGACGACAUCGUUGGAACCGUUCCCGUCGACGACACCAACAACGAGGCAACACCUACGGUCCACCGCACGUGCUGCCCGAUAGCCCAGAAGGCAAUCAACCAGGAGGCGGCCGGGAACCAGAGAACGGCGGACGACUUUUCCUCCGACGAACAGGGAUCGAAGCAGAGGAUCGACAGCGUCAGUCUCCGGCAGGGUGGCUAUGGUCGGUUCCAGGAGGYGGACGUGGUCGAGCGACCCGUUGCGCUGCGGUGGUCGGCGGAGCCGGGGGCCGGCGACGAGCAGGAGCACUUUUAUCCGUGCGAGAUCGUCGUGCACUGCCAGGACCGGAAGCUCCUCCUGGCGGACUGCUCCGAGACCGUCUCGGACCUGUCGGAGAUCAUCAAGACCGGGAGCCUCACCACGAACGAGCACGCCACGCUGGUGUUUCUGGUGAAGAUCCGGUGCCUGGACGAYCUGCAGAAAGUGAUGAACAGCCUGCGGCAGAUUCCAUCCGURAUGGCGGUCGAGAGGAGGGUAAGUGCUGCCRCCGCUGCGUGUUUUGUUUUGCGUGUUUSGGGGUUUCUGUUGCGCUUCCUUUUGUGUCUUGCGUCCUCACAUCGAAUGCGAUUGUACCAAAACCCCGCUUGUGCCGCAGUUUGGUUCGGAAUUAUUGCUACCACCGGCGUAUUGAUGCACGGUUCCUUCGGGUUCUACGCACAAGCAAUGGUAUUUCACUAAAAAAWUCCCUAAUAG